AUGAACGACUGUGACUGGACUUCGGAGGAGAGUGACGACUCUGAUGCACUCUCACCACUGCAGCCAUUAGUAAUAUGGUCAAGCAGAAGGUCAACCGCGUGUCCUCCACGGCCAACUGCACCAUCUUAUAGUACACCGUACUCAGCUCUUCACCACGUAUACCCCAAUAGUGGUAAUCAAGUAGCCACAUCAGAAUUCUCCUCUUCCCAUUUUUGUCUUCAGAAUACCUCAUUCAAACCUUGGAAAUCACGAACAUCUUGCGCCGGUGUUCCUCAAGAUCAUGUACCCAAGGACAUGGUGACAGAUAACUUCAGGGACCCUCGACCAGAAAUCCAGAGGAACAAGGAUACAAAGACCAGUGAUGCUUCAAAUACAGCUGUCGAAAACCCAUGUUUGGAUUCCUUGACAUCGGCAAUGGACAAGGAUCAAAUUUCGAAAGGUAACAGUACCCCAACCGUUAACGGCUAUCGCGAACCCGUUUCAGAUCAGUACACAGGCUACGAGGAAGUAGCGUUUCACACUGAAUAUGGCAAGAACUACAGCAAAUCUGCCGAUAUGAACGUUCACGCAGGGCAUGUACAAAACAUCGGACAUUUUCCAGUAUCUUCUCCAGUGGCUAGUCUACCCGCGGAUUCCGAUCAUCACGAUCUUGAAAUAAACAACACUCAUCACACGUCUGAACCUUUUUCUGAGAAAGUUUGUCAACUUCAAUCUGACCUUCUCCAACCAGAAAAUACACUCUGCGAAGAAGCCGGAAAGUCCCUUGAUCGCCAGCCCGAUAGGCUUGAUCGCGAACUUUCACAUCUUGGAGAAAAGCAAUAUAGAUGUAAGCAUUGCGAUAAAUAUGUUUCUACUUCGUCUUGCCUAAGUUCUCAUGAAUGUACACAUCCAGAAGAGAAAUCGUUAAAGUGUAAAGAGUGUGACAAAAUGUUCACCACGCGACAUAAUCUUACCCGACAUGCACGACUUCACUCAGUAGGCAAAGCGUUUCCGUGCAAGUACUGCGCAAAGCUAUUCGGUGACAAAUACGGCCUACAUGUUCAUGAACGUAUCCAUACUGGGGAGAAGCCGUUCAGGUGUGGUUACUGUGAUCAAAUGUUUCGCCGUAAUACCGAUCUUAGAGUUCAUGAACGUAGCCAUACUGGAGAGAGACCAUAUAAGUGUAAAUCGUGCGAUAAGUCAUUCACGGCGAAAGCAAAUCUCACGGUGCAUCAGCGCAUCCAUACUGGACAGAGACCAUACAAGUGUAAAUCAUGCGAGAAGUCAUUCACGAAGAAAUCAGAUCUCACCCGGCAUGGACGCAUCCAUACUGGAGAGAGACCAUACAAGUGUAACUUGUGUAACAAGUCAUUCAAGACGAAAUUCACUCUCACCGUGCAUCAACGCAUCCAUACUGGAGAGAAACCAUACAAGUGUAAAGUAUGUGGCAUGGCAUUUCGGGAAAUGUCAACUCUCAAAUAUCAUCAACGAAUCCAUACUUGA